AUGGCCGGACGAAUGAAGAACACAGCAGCGCCAGCCCAAAACCCCUUCUUGCUCGGCUCAUCGCCGGAGCAAUUUAAGAAGAUUGAGGCGUCACGCGAGCCAUUCGACCCAUCCUUGAGGGUCUCUGUCGCCCAGACCCCAGCCCCGAAUUGGAAGUAUGGAGAUGGCUCCAGCGAUUGCUCAUCUCUAAAGAAAUCCCAUAUCGAGGUCAACCCGAAUGAAGAAGGCCGACUCAUGAUUUCAAACUACAAGCUUCUCGUGUCUGCGAUCCCACGACCCGUGAGCUUCGUCAGUACACUUUCGAAAGAUGGUACGCCAAACCUAGCACCGUUUAGCUAUUUUCAAAUCGUCGACCAUGACCCAGUCACUCUUGUCAUUGGCUUCUCAGCACGGCCGGGCCGUCCGAAAGACACCCGGAGAAACCUAGAAGAGACUGGCGAAUGUGUCAUAAGUGUCUUGUCCGAACACUUUGUCGAGGCCGCCAACGCUACCUCUCUCGAUGUCCCUUACGAGACCUCGGAAUGGGAACUGUCAGGUCUGACACCCAGGGACUCGGCGACUGUUUGUCCAAAAAGAGUCCAGGAAGCCGUCUUCUCCAUCGAGGGAAAACUUCUCGAGAUGAAGAGUCUUGAUUACCACGGUCAUGCAGCGAAGGGCAAACCCACAGGUGCCCUGGCUAUCAUCGAAGCCAAGAGAUUUUGGAUACAAGAAGAUGCAAUUAACGAGGCUCGUGAUAAUGUGGAUCUUGACGCUCUGCGUCCUGUGGUGCAGCUUGGAGGCAUCUCAUACAGCCGAGUACGAGACACGUUUGAGCUUCCUCGUCCGUCUCUAAGGAGAGAAUUGCAAGACGAAGAGAAAGGUCUCAGAAAGUUUAUAUAG